AUGCGUUCAUCAUUCACCACCACCACCAUCCUGGCCACCGCUUCCCUCUUCGCCGUCACCGCACUUGCGUCGCCCUGGGGCAACGGGAACCCAUGGGGUAGCAUCAAGCGUGCCGGCUGGUACGCCACGCGCGACUCGAGCUGCAUGAGCGACGACGACGCGCAGCAAGUCGCCGACAACUUCGCCCAGUCGAUUUCGGACUACAGCGACUCGUUGGCCGAUUCCGCCUUCACCACCGACUUCCACGACUACUCCGACUCCGUCAUUGAGCUGAUGGACAAUGGCUGCCCCAACAGCCCAACAGCAGUAAGUCAUCAUCAUCGUCCCCCCCUUUACUCCCAGAACACAAACGACUCACUCCUUCUUCCCCCCUACAGCUCGGCAGCGCCACCUUCGACUCCCUCGCGGCUUUCAAAGCCGGCCAGAGCGCCCAGGCGCCCAUCCCCUUCCAGCAGCUCAACCUCUGGCACACGUGCGACGCCGUCACCCUGCGCUGGGUCUCGUCGGGCACCGGCCAGGAACCGGAACAGGUCACGGGCAUCAUCGUUCUCGAGACCGUCUAUCAGAGCGGCACGUGGUUGAUCCAGACCGUGUAUUCGGAAUUCAACAGCGGCGCGUGGCUUGUGAAUUUGGGGGUUUUUAAGCCGAGUAAUUGCUCUUCUUGA